AGAGAGAAGACAAAGAAGGUGAAGCAUAACAGCAAAACAACAAACAACCCAUGUACUAACCCUCUUAUUACAGUAAUUUAUUAUUAUGACAAUAAACCCUAAAUUGGGGGGCAGCAUUCACAUUCACAUCAACCCCCAUCAUCUACAUUGUGCUCACCACCAAGUCUGUUGAGUAUGCAAGUUCUUGAAUCUUCAACUCAUUCUGCUUUCACUUGUUUGGGGCUGUCACUAUGAGUUUAAGUUCUUUGCAAGAUGAUUUGUACAGAUCCUCAGGGCAAAGUUUGGAUGGAAGUUUCAGGAAGUCUAGAUCUGGUCUUUCUUCUUAUAAAUCAUCCAGCAUUUCAGCGUCUGGAAACUUUGCUCCUGCUUCAAAAGGGGUCUUCAAAUCUUUGAGAGAUUAUGCAAAGAAACUUAAUGACCUUGACUUAUUUAUUCAAAUUCUUGAGGAUUGGGUUGUGGAGAAUUCACAUGCUGAUAGUACAAACGGCGAAAUGUCUUUCAGGUCCCCCUUUUCUAUUAAUGACUUGCGUACUAUUGACUAUGCAUUGGAAGGCUUCUUAUUCCAGCAAUUAUUCCGCAUGCCUUGCUCACCUUAUGACUCUGAUAAUAUGAGAGAAGAUCAGUAUCUUGCUCUUGAAGAUUUUCUUCACACUAUUGCCGAUGGCUUGUGGCGUACAUUCUGGCAUAAAAGUGGAUCAUUGCCAUACUACAUAUCCUGUCCUCGUCACCCUGGGUCAAAAUUUUAUACUGUUGAGAAAGCGAUAUUGAGGAGAAGGCUUGGAGCGCUCAGUGGUGCAGCUUUGGUAUCGAAAGUAGGGAGUAAUGAAAGAGUUCACUGGGAUAAAGUGGUUGAGUUUGCAUUAUUUAAAGAAGACAUUCUCAUGAAAAAUGAUCUGGGAUAUUCUCCUUCAGUAAUAUGUGAAGCUCUUUUUUACGGUGUUCACAUACUACUUUCCAGGAGUCUGAACAAGUAUAAUACUAAUAACAGCGAUUCAGUAUUCAUUUUAGUUCUUGACUCUAAGUUUGGCGGUGUUGUUAAACUUGGGGGUGACCUUGCUAAACUUGAACUUAACCCAGUUAACCCAUACCAAUCAAUCGUAGAAUGGAUCCAGUGCCAUGCUCAAAUAGAUAUAUCCCCUGUAGAUCGUGUAUGGAACAAACUUGGAAAUGCAAAUUGGAGGGACUUGGGAACUUUGCAACUGAUACUGGCAACAUUUUACUCUAUUGCGCAGUGUCAUGGACCACCGAGAAAGUCAAUCACAUCACUUGCAUCUCAACAUAGCCUCCGUCUUCAGAAGCGUAGGAUAGAAUGCAAACUCUAUGAGGAUGAAAAUGGUCUACUUCCCUUUGAGCAGGUCAACCACGAAAACAAAGAAAUUAUCGAGCUUGACCAUAGUGAUCAUCCAUUUCAUGAAAUGAAAGCAUCACGGCUGAAGCCACAGCAAGGUGAGAUACUCCUGCUGGAGGAUCAGGACCAAGGACAGAGAUGCUAUCAGAUAUGUGAAUCUUUUGUUGGAGGGACUUCUUGUACCUACAGUGCCGUGGCUUUAGAUUGUCCCAUUGAAAUGUUGACAUUAUAUAUAGGUGCCCAUCCCUCACGUCUAGAACAAUCGUUAGAGGACAUGAGUAUGUGGUAUCUGGUACAAAGGCAAAGCAAAGUAUUGAACAUCUUCAAAGAUAACGGAAUUUCUAGUAGAUAUCUACCGGAAAUACUUGCAUACGGCAGAAUAUUGCAUUCGGGUCCUUGCAAGAAAGAAAGUCCAAAGGGCCUGUGUGAUCAUCCAUGGUGUGGUACAUCAAUACUUGUGACUUAUCCUUUUGGGGAGUCACUUUCAUCAACUGCAUCUCUUGAUGGCCCACUUUCAUCUGAGGAGGCAGUCCGCUGCUGCAGAGACUGCCUAUCAGCUCUGAGAAGUGCAAAGAUGGCCAACAUCCAGCAUGGUAAUAUCUGUCCUGAGAACAUAAUACGCGUUGCUGAGACUGAAGCAGAAAGAGAGAGCUUCUUGUAUGUUCUAGUCUCAUGGGGGCGUGCAGUUCUUGAAGAAAGGGACAGCCCAGCUAUUAACUUGCAGUUCUCAUCAGCUCAUGCUCUUCAAAAUGGGAAACUCUGCCCUUCAUCUGAUGCAGAAAGUCUAGUCUACCUCCUGUAUUUUGUUUGUGGUGGUAAACUUCAACAACAAGACUCUAUCGAAUCUGCUCUGCAAUGGAGGCAGAAAUGCUGGGCAAAACGCUACAUUCAACAACGUUUGGGUGAGGUUUCAUCACUUCUGAAGGCGUUUGCUGACUAUAUAGACAGCCUUUGUGGUACACCAUAUCCAGUUGACUACGAUAUAUGGAUAAAGCGACUGAGCAAGGCUGUUGAUAGCUCAGCAGAUAGAGGGAAAAAGGUUGAAGAAAUGUUGAGACUAACAGAUAUUGCGGAGUCUUCUGGUACCUCUAAGGGUGGAAAUUCUUUUGUAGAGCAGGAGCAGGAGUGACCAGUUAUUUCCAAGAGAAGCAAAGUGAUAGGAAAAAAAUGAACAUAGAAUUUGGUUCUUCUAGCAUACAAAGUUAGGGCUGCUGCUUUGUUGAGCAUGUUGUAUGACAUGAUAUGGUUAGGAUUUUCAUGUUUUGUUUGUUACUGUGCUCUUCCUUCCUGGUGUCCUCAUUUUCUUUGGGUUUUUUUAUUUUAUUUUAUUUUUUAA